AUGGGUCGCAAGGAUGCGCCAACUUCGCUCCUCCGGACGCUCGUCCUGUCGCUGCUUUGCGCGCAGUCGUUCGGACAGGUCUUCAACCUGACGCUGUCUGUUAAAGAGGGUCUGCCUGCUAAAACCAUCGUUGGGGAUCUGGGAGCGGGGUUAAGCAGGCCAAGCACUGGAUUCUUCAUCUCAGAGAGCAGAGACUCGUAUGUGUUCAGGGACUUGGAAAUCGACGCGGACACGGGGAUCAUCUCCACGGCUGUGAUCCUGGACAGAGAGAGCAGAGAUAAGUAUGAAUUUGUGGCAGCCACGCUCACUGGAGAGAUGAUCAGAGUGAACAUAGAGGUGAAAGAUGUGAACGACCAUUCACCUGUGUUCCCCUCAGAGCAGCUUGAGCUGGACAUAUCAGAGCUGAGCCCACCAGGGAGUCGGUUCCAGCUGGAAGGUGCUAAAGAUCAGGAUGAGGGAGAGUUUGGCACGCAGGGAUACAGGAUCACAGACAGUGAAAUGGCUGAGUUGUUCCACUUGGAUUAUCGCAGUGGAUCAGAGAACCACCUCAACCUGGAUUUGGUCCUGAGUAGCAAGCUAGACAGAGAAACACAGGACUUCUACUCCCUGACCAUUGAGGCCUUCGAUGGCGGGAUCCCAGCCAGGACAGGGACUCUUCAGGUGAACGUCCACGUCCUGGAUGAGAACGACAACCCUCCUGUGUUCAACCAGACUGAAUACCACGCCUCGGUGCGAGAGGAUGCUCCCGUCAUGUCUGCUGUGUGUCAGGUGUACGCCACCGACCUCGACCUGGACGACAAUGGCAGAAUCACUUAUGAGAUCAACAGGAGGCAGAGCGACCCAAAUGAAGUUUUCUCCAUCAAUGAAACCACCGGGGUGGUUUACCUCAACAAGCUGCUCGACUUUGAGGCGCAGGCCUUUCACGAGCUGAUCAUCAGCGCGAGAGACAACGGGGCUCAGCCUGAGCACAGCAGCACUUUUGUGGGCGUCAAGGUGCUUAAUAUCAACGAUAACAGUCCCAGCAUCAGUGUGCUGUUUCUCAGUGAGACAGGGGAUGCAGUGGUUUCAGAGGCAGCAGCGAUUGGGGACUAUGUUGCUCGGAUUUCAGUGUCAGACCCUGAUCUUGAGGGGGAGCAGGUCACUGUCACACUAGAGGGAGGAGAUGGGAAGUUUACCUUGAAGCAGACAGAUGAUUUUCUUUAUGCUUUGUGUGUUAACUCUGAGCUAGACCGGGAAGAGCAGGAUCUGUAUGAGCUGAAGGUGCAAGCGUCAGACUUUGGGAGCCCUCCUCUGAGCAGUGAGAUGGUCUUCCUCCUGAAGGUGUCUGACACAAAUGACUGCUACCCAGUCUUUGAGAAGGAUGUGCAUGUUAUAAGCAUUGCCGAGGACGCUCCUCAGGGGAGCUCCCUCAUCCAGCUUCAGGCCCGAGACGCCGAUGAAGGCGCCAACUCAAACAUCAGAUACUCCAUCCUGAGGUCCAACCAGGACAGCCUGAUCAGCAUCGACCCGGAGUCGGGCCUGGUCACCACGGCUGCAUCUCUAGACAGGGAGACACAGAUGGAGGUGUGGUUCCUGGUGGUGGCGGUGGACGGAGGAGAACCGGCUCUGUCAUCUACUGCUACAGUCACAGUGCUGGUGGAGGAUGUGAAUGACAACGAGCCGGUGUUCCAGCAGCAGCUGUACAACGUGUCCAUACCAGAGCACAGUGACGUGGGAAGCUGCUUUUUACAAGUUGUUGCGACAGAUGCAGACAGUCCUGAGUUUGGUGCUCUGCUCUACUCUCUGUCUGACGGCUUUGACAAACAGGACAAACAUCCCCUCUUCCAAAUCCACCCACACACAGGAGAGCUGUGUGUCUCGCAGGAUAUCGAUCGAGAUGCAGGACAGACGGUCCACGACAUUCUGAUCAAAGCUGAGGAUCCAGGAGGCCUCAGCGCUCAAACCUACGUGCACAUUGAGGUCGAGGACUUGAAUGAUAACGUUCCAGUGUUCAACCCUGAAGAGUACACCGUGAGCGUCAGCAGUCAUGCACAGCCGGGCACAGAAAUCGUCAACGUUAUCGCUACCGACCGAGAUUCUGGCAGGUUUGGACGUGUCACCUACGAUAUCGUCCCUGGCGACAUGUCCAGUUUGUUUGCACUGGAAAAAGAAACAGGAAUGCUGAUCCUGACCUCCACUCUGACCCACCUGGGCACCGUCAGUGUGAAACUCUCCAUAACAGCUCAGGACGGGGAGGGCUUGACCUCAGCCAGACCCGCAGAGGUCACAGUCAACGUUUUACGAAGCGUUCAGGCUCCAGCUGUGUUCCAGAGGUCACGCUACUCUUUCACAGUGCCUGAAGACGCACCGCUGGGGACGUCCGUAGGGACCGUGGAGGCCAUCAACCCAACCGACUCUGUGGAAUCUGCAUCUUACCGAAUCUCUUCUGGAGACCCUCAGAGUUUGUUCUCCGUUCAUCCGAAGUCCGGUCUGAUCAGCAUCGUCAAACCUCUGGACCACGAGUCUCAGCCGUACGCUCUGCUGGUCCUCCAGUCCUACACCGACACCUCUCCUGUUUACAGCACCACGCAGGUCAACAUCACCAUUGCCGACGUUAACGACAACGCCCCCGUCUUCCCCAAACGCAGCGACUCGAUCACAGUGUCACAAAACACUCCAGCAGGAACGGUGUUGUUCAUCGCUCACGCACACGACUAUGACAGCGGCACCAAUGGGAGGGUGCAGUACUACCUGAGGAACAGCAGAAACGGUACGUUUGUUGUUGACCACAACCUUGGAACAGUUACAUUAAAACAGAGUUUACAGGCGGAUCGUCAGCAGAGCUAUAGCCUGGAAAUCGUAGCUAAAGACGAAGGAGAGCCUUCUCUGAGCUCCACACUGACCCUCUCAGUGAACAUAGACCGGACGGCUGCAGAGGACAGCCUGGCCUUCGAGACGCUCGUCUACCAGGUGGAGAUCGGUGAAGGCUACCGUAAAGACUCUCGGGUCAUCCAGGUGAGGGCUCACCGGACUCGGGGAGCUCAUAUGUCAAACUCAGGCCUCACUUACUCUUUGGAGGCAGAAGCUGGGUUCCCUCCAGCUCCGUUUCGGAUUCACCCAAAGACUGGAUGGUUGUAUCUUUCCCAAAGCCUCGACUACGAGACAGAGUCCAGGUAUCGUUUUAAAGUGUUGGCUACAACCAGGGAGGCCUCACUGGCAAACACCACGGCUACAGCCUCAGUGAUAGUGCUGGUGCUGGACAUCAAUGACAACGCCCCGGUGUUCGGCAGUGACGUCUACUACUUCACCGUGUCAGAGGGCUCAUCGCCACAAGGCCUGGUGGGAACCGUUAAAGCCAUCGAUAAGGAUUCUGGGAAAAACAGCCAGCUGUCCUACAUCCUGCUUUCAGAUGGGAAGUUCUUCCGCAUCAAUUCUAAAACAGGCGAAAUCAUCAACUGGGUGGCGUUGGACCGGGAGCAGCACAGCCAGCACAGUCUGAAGGUGAUGGUGACAGAUCAGGGUCACCCUCGUCUCAACGCCACCGCCACCGUUCACAUCCUGAUCACCGACGUCAAUGACAACGCUCCAACGUUUACACACCUGCCAGCCAGCAAAGAACUGAAUGUGCAGAUAUGGGCUGGUUUACCAACAGGAUCUUUAGUAACAAACAUGUUUGCCAAAGAUUUGGAUGCAGGAGAGAAUGGAACAGUUACUCAUUCACUGGUCACAGUUGGUUUGGAGGAUGAUGAUCUGGGACACUUUGAGAUUGACAGCAGAAGUGGAGACAUCAGAACCACGCAGCUCUUCACCCAGAACGCUGAACCGUACUACAGUCUGAAAAUAACGGCCAAGGACAGCGGAGCCACGCCUCAGGAGGAGACUGCAGUCAUUCACGUCCAGAUUCAUGGAUUAGAGGAUCUGUAUGGCCACAACCACCACCAAAUAGUGAGACGUUUCCAGGUGAGGGAGGACACGGAGCCCGCGACUGUCAUCGGCUCCGCGGCUGUUUCAGACAAAGGCAGGUUUCAUUAUUCCAUCACCGAGGGCGACGGGAGCGUUCACUUCGGCAUCGACAGCUCCUCUGGUGACAUAUACAUCAACCAGCCGCUGGACUACGAGUCCGCCAUGCAGUACUUCCUCAUGGUUCGUGCCGAGGAUGUCGGCCCUGCUCCUGGCCUGAACGUAUCGGUGCUGGUGAGCGUGAUGGUGGAGGACGUAAACGACCACACCCCCUGGUUCACCGACAAACUGGUGAUGUUCGGUCUGAGGGAGGACGCUGCCGUCGGUUCGCUCGUGUUUGCUUUUCACGCCAGAGACGCCGAUGGGACUUUUCCGAACAGCGCCCUCCGCUACUCCCUGACCUUUGACCCUGAUGCAAGCAGGUCGUCGUCCCGCUUCCCCUUUCAGAUCAACCCUUACACAGGGAGCCUGACCGUGGCGGCACCUCUAGACCGCGAGAGCAACCCCAGCUUUGCCUUCACCGUAACCGCAACCGACCAGGCAACGAAGAAGGAUGAGCGAAAACAGACGUCGGUGACGGCUCAGCUCUUCCUGCUGGAUGUGAACGAUAACCGGCCCGUGUUCAUAUCGGCAGACACGGCUCAGGUGAUGGAGGACGCUGAGGUGGGGAGUCUGCUGCAUCAUUUUGUGGCCAUAGAUGGAGAUCAAGGUGAAAAUGGAGUUGUCUCUUUCUCUAUCAUGGCUGGAAACAGAGGAUUCUUCACACUGGAGGAGAAAACAGGCCUCUUGUUCCUCUCGGCCCCUCUGGACUAUGAGACUCAACGUUUCCACCGUCUGACCAUCCGAGCGGUGGAUCACGGCCUUCCCUCGCUGUCCUCCACACAGACCCUGACGGUGGAGGUGGGCGAUGUGAACGACCAGGCGCCCGUCUUCAGUCAGGACACCUACAACGCCAGUGUGGCCGAGAACAGGGACCCUGGAGAACCUGUAGUCAGAGUCUCUGCCACCGAUGAGGACUCCGAGGAGAACGCCGUGGUGUGGUACAGUCUGCUGCCCGGUCCCGGCUACGAGCUCUUCAGCAUCAACCCGUACACCGGUCUGAUCACGACCACCUCCUACCUGGACAGAGAGCAGCAGCAACACUUUACACUCAGAGGUGAAGACUACAGAGGUCGGUUCACCAUCAACAGCCACACAGGCGCUGUCAGCACCACGCAGGUCCUUGACCGGGAGGAAGCCCAGAAUUACACUCUCACCAUACAGGCCCGGGACUAUGGCCCCACCCCGCUCAGCUCCUCCACCCAACUCCAGCUGGUGCUGCUGGACCAGAACGAUAACGUUCCCGCCUUCAGCCGCAAGAGCUAUCACGCCUCCAUCAGCGAGGGCCUACCUGCUGGAACUGAGGUCCUGCGCGUUACUGCCUUCGAUCCCGACGAGGGCUCCAACGGGGACGUGACCUACUCCCUGACGGACGACAGCAGCCAGGGGGCCUUUUCAAUGGACGCCUUCACGGGUCAGAUCAGCACCACCAGGUCUCUGGACAGAGAGAGCAGGGCUCAGUACACCCUCAGAGCCGUGGCCACAGACGGCUGCUCUCAGGGCCCGCUGAGCUCUGUGGCGUCAGUGACCAUACAGGUGGAGGACGUGAACGACAACAUGCCAGUCUGUGACCAGAAUCCCUUCAACGCUUGGGUUUCCAUGAGGACCCUGCCAAACCAGAUCGUUACCACAGUGGUGGCAACAGACGGUGACCAGGGGGAGAACGGGACAAUACAGUUUGCAUUAUCUGAUGAGGAAAAUCUGUUCGACAUCAACACCGAGUCUGGAAAGAUUUCACUGAGGAGGCGAGUGAGAGCAGGUUUCUCUGGGAGGAAGUUACAGGUUGUGGUUUCAGACCGAGGACGUCCUGCUCUGACCUCCACCUGCCUGGUUUUCAUUCAUCUGAAGGGAGAACACGAAGGACUCCAGUUCACAAACAAAGUGUACAAUGCUUCUGUCAAGGAGAACAGCAGAGCCGGCACUUGGAUUGCAAAAGUGGAGGCCAGUGACCAAACCAACGGCAGACAGAGAAUCACAUACACCAUAUUUAGUGGCAACGAGAAUCACAUUUUUUCCAUUAACCGUCACACAGGUGAGAUCCGAGUGCAGAAAGAUAACUCUCUGGACUUUGAGGUGAGCCCAGAGAUCCAGCUGGUGGUUCUGGCUGACAGCGGGCUGCAGACGGCUCACUGCAGGGUCUCCAUCAGCCUGCAGGACGUCAAUGACAACGCACCACAGUUUGAACACAGCGGCUACAGAACAGCUGUCUGGGAGGGACAAGUUCACAACACCUACAUCAUGCAGGUCUUUGCAUCCGAUGCUGACAGCGGUAUGAAUGGACAGAUUGAAUACUCCAUCCUCUCCGGUAACCAUAAUGAAGCAUUCAUUUUGGACUCUGUGCGAGGCAUCCUGGCUACCAAUGUUUUACUGGACCGUGAGAUCACUCCCUCAUACAAGUUGGUUCUGCAGGCAGCAGACAGGGGGAAACCGCCGCUCAGCAGCACCGCCACCGUUAGAGUCCAAGUGGUGGACGUCAAUGACAACAGCCCCGCCAUCCCACCCAUGGAGCCUGUGGUUAUAGCUGAGAAUCUUCCAGCAGGUUACAUGGUCACCCAGGUGUCUGCGAACGAUGUUGACCUGAGCUCAGCCAUCACCUACAGUUUCUCCGACAACAGCAGCACCAGCGCCCCGUUUGCUAUCGACCGGUACACCGGCGUCGUCACCCUGACUCGAGCUCUGGACUACGAGGAGCAGACAAACUACACUCUGACAGUGUGGGCGUCUGACUCCCUGCAUCUGACCACCGGAGAGGUUCAAGUCCAGGUGCUUGAUGUGAAUGACAAUGCUCCAGUCUUCGGCCAGGUCUCCUACCAGGUGGAACUGUCGGAGUUGGUCUCAGCAGACACGUUUGUUCUGUCAGUGUCCGCUACCGACAGAGACUCUGGACUCAAUGGCAAGAUCAGCUACCGACUGCUUUCAUCUCCUCUGCAAGGUUUUUACAUCCAGCCAGACAAUGGUUCUGUUUUCACCAACAAGCCAUUAAAGGCCAUCACAAACAGCAACUUGAUCCAUCUACUGGUUGAGGCAAGAGACGGAGGCGAUCCCGUGCGCUCCACUGUCACCUCCAUAGACGUGCUGAUUGUGGACAUCAACGACCAUGAGCCUUUGUUUCACCAGGACAUCUACACACUCACUGUCCCAGAGGACACACCCACAGACACCACCCUGCUGACUCUGUCUGCAGAGGACCAGGACUGGAGCCCUCAAAAUACCUACUUGGACUACAGCAUCAUCAGGGGAAAUGAGGAGAGAAGAUUCUGUCUGGAGGUGAAAAUGAUUCCAGUUGAGAAUCAGAUGAAAAACGUAGGAAAGCUUGUUCUGUGUAACCCUUUAGAUCGUGAGACCACCGAGAGCUACGCACUAACUGUUAGCGUGUCUGAUCGAGGAACGCCUCCAAUGAACAGCUCAGCUGUCGUCAUGGUGACAGUGACAGACUGCAACGACAACGCCCCCGUCUUUUCCAGCACAGAGUACCACACUCAGGUGAGUGAGAACAGCCAGAUAGGUACCAGGCUGGUUCAGGUCAGCGCUCAGGAUCCUGAUCUGGGAAUCAACGGCCUUUUGCGGUAUGACAUUAUUUCUGGAAACAGUAAAGGCCACCUCAAGCUCGACCCUCAGUCUGGCCUUUUGGUGAUCAACCACUUGCUUGACUAUGAGGAAGACUCAAAAUACACCGUCACCAUCAGAGCAACAGAUGGCGGUGAAUCAUCUGAAAACCAUAAAGUGGCUUUUGCAGUUGUCUUCAUCACAGUGCUGGAUGAGAAUGACAACACUCCAUACUUCAUGUUCCCUACAGUUAACUGUUCUGUCCUGGAGAACCUCCCAGCAUUUGCCCACACCUGUUCUGUCCAUGCCGUUGACAAUGACUUAGGCCCUUAUGGUCAACUCACCUAUUCUAUUCUGUCCUCCUGCUUCAUGGACUACGGUAGCGGCAGCCCUGAGAGGAAGGAGGCUUUUGCCAUCGACCCCCUUACGGGUGACAUUCACACCAGACAAACCUUUGAUUACGAACGCGAGAGUGAGUACUGUUUUGUCGUGGAGGCCAGGGACAAAGGUGACAAAGCAGCUACAGUGAGAGUGCAGGUGGCCAUCAAGGGAGUGGAUGAGUUCAGUCCUGUGUUUACCCAGAAGCAGUACCACUUCCUCCUGCCAGAAAACAUCAAGCAUGGGGAGACAAUCGGAUAUGUGAUGGCGAUGGACCACGAUGGAGGGGUGGACGGGCUGGUAGAGUACUCGCUCGUGAAUUCAUCACCGUUUUUCUCAAUAAACAAAACAGUUGGUGCCAUCUCUGUGUCAGGUCCCGUGUUUCGCAGGAGAGGAAGCUAUGCCAAUGAGGACAUGGUGGAACUGGUUGUGUCUGCAGGUAGUCCCAGACUGGGCUCCAGGACUACAACCUGCCUGGUUUUUGUCAACAUCUCCAGCUCAGCAGAAGCACUGACUGGGGUUCCCCUUGAUGCACAUAUGCUUAGUCUGAGCGUCUCACUCAUCAUGUUCGUGUUUGUCCUCGUCAUUUUUGUGGGCUUGGUUCUCAGAUACAAGCUCAAGGAAGCUGCCAUCAGAAAGGCUGCUGCCAUUGCUGCACAGCUGAAACAUGGCUCUGGCUCGUUCAGUAGAUCAGAUGGCCACAGUGACAUAUCUCUGCAGGAGAUGACGCGACCCAGCCUCUUAAUAACCAAGAGGGACAUCGCACACCUGUACAAUCCAUCAGACUCGAGUGGUCGUGGAUCAGCAGAAGGUGAGACAGCUGAGGACCAGGAGAUCAAGUGGAUCAAUGAGUACCCCUGUCGGAAAAGAGACGAACCCAGCAAACAGACUGCGGAGAUCCCGGACUCUGCCUUACCUGGAGAUACUAUUUCCUGCCACUCUAUCGAUGUAGGACCAGAGCACAUCUUAGCAGUCAGUAAAUCUUUAAUCUCAGGGAUGCCCAGCACAGAAAGUCUCCACCACUUUAAAGAGGAGGGAGGAGGUGAAGGACUACUUCCUGCAAUACUUAGGGUGAGAGAUUUGGAGGAAAAUGUGCGGAUGAAAGGGUACGCCCCCCUUUCUGAAGCCCAAGUCACCGAGGAUUCGCUGUCCUCACUGGUGUGUCUGGAGGAGCAGCUGCAGGGCAGCUACAACUGGGACUACCUUUUAGACUGGGAGCCACACUUCCAGACUCUGGCUUCUGUAUUCACAGAUAUCGGGAUGCUCCCUGACGAGGAGCUUCAAGGUGGCCGUGAGGACUUAGCAGCAGAGUCGAGCUGCCUCAUGUACCCACCGCCUCUCAUAACAGGGGUGGCUCAGGCCGGCAUUAGGACUGUUCCCCCACGAAAGCCGGGGCGUGUGCCAACCCUGAGCAGGAAGCCCUCUUACCCCAAAUAUGCUUAUUCCCCCUUAGCCAGAAACACAGGACUCACCCCAUCUGCUAUGACGCCCACUUUCUCCCCAUCACUGUCUUCUCUCACCAUUAGGACCCCCAGUGCCUCACCAGUGGUCUCGGAGACUGGAGUGGGGGGGAUCAGACUUGACUCAGGGCCCCUCACUGCAAGCCUUUUGGAGGCAGAAAUUCAGGUGUAA